CCCGCCCGCAGCCGCGCACGCCUCGUCCCGGCUCCGUCCAUGGUUCCCGGUGUGACCGGUGCCUGGCGCCGCCGACAGCCCCGCAGCGCGGCGCCCACCGCCGGUGGGAGGAUGCUGCAGCGCGCCGGGAGCCGCCAGCCUCGGGACCCUGCUGCCCCCGCCAUGGUCCCCACCAGCUGCCGGGGCCGUGCCCCGUGACCCGUGGUAGCCAUUGCCCCGGUGCCCGUGCCCCGCGCCCCACCAUGACCAGCCUGUUCCGCCGCAGCAGCAGCAACGGCAGCGCCCGCGGCGCCGGCUCCUCUGCGCAGGAGCUCAACAACAGCCGCCCCGCCAGGCAGGUCCGGCGCCUGGAGUUCAACCAGGCCAUGGAGGACUUCAAGACCAUGUUCCCCACCAUGGACUACGACAUCAUCGAGUGUGUCCUGAGAGCCAACAACGGCGCCGUGGAUGCCACCAUCGACCAGCUCCUGCAGAUGAACCUGGACAGCAGCGGGUGCGAUGACAGCUCGGACUCGGAGGACAGCAUCCCCCCCGAGAUCCUGGAGCGGACCCUGGAGCCGGACAGCUCGGACGAGGAGCCCCCUCCUGUCUACUCCCCUCCUGCCUACGAGAGCCAGGCCCUGGGCAGCCGCUACCCCCGUGCACCUCCCACCCCACCACCCAGGACGGAUGUGCCAGGGCCUGGCAGCACCCCAGUGUCCGGGCACUACAGGAACUGGAACCCACCGCUGCUGGGCAACCUCCCUGAGGAUUUCCUGCGCAUCCUGCCCCAGCAGACUGCUGGCACCCAGGGCUCCCCUGGCCACCGGCAGCCCCUGCCCCGGGGGCUCAGCCCUCGGGCCCAGGGCUCUCUGGAGCAGGAGCGGCGCUGGAAGCAGUACCUGGAGGACGAGCGGAUCGCGCUCUUCCUGCAGAACGAGGAGUUCAUGAAGGAGCUCCAGAGGAACCGGGAUUUCCUCCUCGCCUUGGAGAGAGAUCGCUUGAAAUAUGAGUCAAAAAAGUCCAAGUCAUCCAGUGCUGCCGUCAGCAGCGACUCCGGCUGCUCCUCCGUGUUACCAGGUGAUGCAGCCCCCUCUGUGCCCAGCGAGGCCGGCGGUGCCGUGUCUGACGAUGCCUUAUUCAGAGACAAGCUGAAACACAUGGGAAAAUCCACGCGCAAGAAGCUCUUUGAGCUCGCCAGAGCCUUCUCCGAGAAGACAAAGAUGAGGAAAUCGAAGAGAAAACACUUGUUGAAGCACCAAGUGAUGGGGACAGCAGCUUCCACAGCAAAUCUUCUCGAUGAUGUCGAGGGACAUUCAUGUGAUGAAGACUUCCAAGUGCGGAGGCAGCCGCUCCGGGAGGAGGAGGAGAUGCUGAAGGAAGGGCAGUAAAUGGUCCCAGCGCUGGGGUUUAGUGCUGGCACAGAACGUGCCCAAAGCUUCAGGAGAAGAUGGCUGGAAAAGGAACAAAAGACACCCACCAAAUCCCGCAGAGUUUUGGCUGCUCCCCCUCUGCUGCUGUUCUCCUCGGAAGUACAAAGCGCUGAGGCUCAGUUUUCUUACCCGGGGUUUGGAAACGACUUCUAUGUAGCAAAUCAGCCAAAAAGGAAUCAAAAUGAGGAUCAAGGCAGGUCGGGAGCUGCUGUGAGGAGCCAGUGGAGCUCCGGCUUGGGAGGAGCAGCGCGAGCGGCGGCGCAGGAGGAAUGGGAUCAGUUGUACUAAGGAGGAUGUGUUCCAUGUGGGAUCUGCUUGGCCGGAGCACUCCUGACCAUAUCUCUGUAGCGAUCUGGUGUGACUUUACUCUGCGCACCCAGGAAGAGACCAACACAGAACAUGUGAGAGGGAGAACCUGCAGCCGUUGUCUAUUCUUGCUAGGAGUAAUGAGCGGAGAUGCGGAUCAGGCGAUAGUCAGAUGAUAUGUAAAUUGCUUCUAAAAGGAAAGGCCUUCUUUUCCUAGGUGUUUUACUUGGAAUUAAACCUUUGCCUUCGGCAUUGCUAAAACUGCCUUGAAGUUACAGACGCUUUGUGCCGGUGGGGCAGCACCAAGGGCUGGACUUGGCACCGGUGUCACCCUCGCUGCCGAAGCUGGACACAUCCCAUCGGGAGCAUCCUGCUGGUGGUGAUCCUGGCUGCCAGCAGGGUCCCCAUGGCCCCGGGGAUGCCCCUGCCAUAGGUAAGAUGCAGAUCCCAAGCUGAGGCCGGUGGUGUUUGGGCACAGAGGGGUUGCACAAGGGCUUGUGAGCGCCGCCGGGUUUGGGGCUGGCCCAGUGGCAGGAGCAUCCUUCCCUGCGCCCAUCCCAGGCUGAUUGCACCGUGGGGCUGGCAGGCGGUGCCUGAAUCAUUGCAGCUUUCAGGGAUGCUGUCAGGCUAAAAAUAAUGAUGUCAACAGAUUCCUUCCCUGUGUAAGUCAUGAGCCUCAAGGCAGGAAUCGCGCCCGCCGGCACAUUUUCUUCUCCUUUAUCGGCAGAAGCUGUUGACUGCUAAAGGCAGGAGGUGGCUCUAGACGCGCCUGUUUCGCUUCCUGGCUCCUGCAAAGCAACACAACUGUUGUGAGACGGGAGCUGCGAAGGUGGCAGACGCAGGCACCCAACCCUCCAACACACAUGAAACUGUUUUCCCUGCCUCUCCAUGGGGUUUGGUAACAAAAGUCCACAUUGCAGGCGCUGGCUCCCAACAGGCUCCUUUUAACCCCCCCCCCCAGCCCACACGCCUUUGAAGUGGGUGCCAAGAUUCCAUUCCCUGUGAGUGGUGCAGCCGAUGCACUGGGAUCAGUGGGGAUGCGGGUGCUUCACCCUCUCCCUGCUCCCUGGACCCAAGCCCAGGGUGUGAAGGGUGAGGGCAGGAUGCGCUGGGCUGGAGCACUGCAGGAUGCUUGCAGCUUCGGGUUCCCUAAAAGCAAAGCAGCCCAAGUCGCACCCACUGAGCCCAUCCCAGUGUCAGUGCCUGCUCCUUUCCUUUGGAAGGAAGCAUUGAGGAGCAUCCCUCGAGUCACGGCUGCUUGGCCAGCAGAUUAGAGCCAUCCCAAGCCACACUGGCCUUGCCUUGGCAUGUGCAGGCUCCAGUGCUGGAGCUGCACCGUGCAUGGCAAGAGAUGGGUGUCUGGAGGGGCAUGUCCCUGCCUGGCUCUGUCUGCAAGGGGAAAGUGUGAAGCUGGGAACAGAAGGUUUUUGAGCCCCUGUGUGGGACUUUAUUCCCAGCCUGACACUGAUGGAUAGAGAGGAGGGGCUCCUGCCCUCCCCUCCGCGGGCUCUGGGGUCUAUAGGAGGCUGCUGUUGCUCCCUCCCCUUCCAAAGCAGCUUUUCUGCAUAUUUGGAAGAAAAUCAAGCUUGGAACCGGCUCCGUUUGUCCGUGUUCCAGCUCCUCUCAGCUACCGAGGGCUUAACUCCCAGCACAGUUUCCAUGAAGGCAGGAAGCUCCAACAGGCGCUGGGGCAGGAGCCCAGGCUCUGCUGGGAAGGGAAUUCCACUUCUCCCAGACGAGGAGGUUGUUGUGCGGGCAGGAAAGCGCCUGUAUCCCAAUGAUUCCAGCAUCCCUGGGUGAUUCCAGCGCUGCCGAGCCCAUGGUGUUUGCUGUGCUCCCCAUCCUCGGUGCAGGAUAGGUGCUGUGGCUGCGGAGGACCGUGGUGAGCUCUGGUGCUGGGCAGAGCCACGUUGCACAUCACGUCACAGGUCAGUGGUGCUGGGCCUGACCCCUGGCUGUAACCACAGCAAGGGCCUGGUGGGGAAUCCUCUCCUGGGUCCUGGGUCAGUGGAUGCAGCUUUGGAACCCCACUGGUGUUUGGUGGUGGAGAGGAGCCAUGAGGCUGCCUCUGCUCCUGCCUGGGGCUGAGCACAUCCCCAGUGUCCAUCCUCUACUCCCUGCGAUGGUGCCCAGGACCUGGAGCCUAGGGAGAGAACAGGGAGAGGAAGGGAGAGGGAGCUGGAGCACAGGGAUGGGAUGGAUGCCAUGCAUGUGGUGGGUACGAACCCGUGGCUGAAUUCCAUCUACCCUGCCAGCAAAGGUUUUGUGUCCAUAGAUCCAUAGGUUUGGGUUGGAAGGGACCUUAAAGCUCAUCCUAAUUCCCUGCCCUGGGCAGUGAUGCCUUCCACUAGAGCAGGUUGCUCCAAGCCUCAUCCAACCCAGCCUUGCAUUGAGUGGGUCUGACCACAAAGGGUCCUGUGCCAGCACCAACCUGUGUGCCUCACAGGGGCUCGGGGAUGUCUUUGCUAACCCCCUCUAACAACUCACCCCCCUUUGGUCCCCAAGGUGAAGCCUCUCUGAAUGAUGCCACUCCAUUUGUAGCCAUUGCAGAGCAUCGGGGAGGCACAAAGCAUCAUUGGAAUGGAGGGUGAAGAGGGGUUGGGUUUGUGUCCCUUACACAGGAAAUCAUGAGCUCUAACAAGUAGAAAAGCCACUGAAACCGGCUCGGAAGCCAAAAUGUGUUUGUGACAUAAAGAUGGUCAAUCCUCGGUGAUGUUUGUGUCACUUCUGUGCAAAAUGGGUUAAACAAAGCAGAGAACUGGGUGAUGUUUGUGAGUGUUGCUACUUCAGGGUUUAUUUCCAUACGUGAUUCUUUUCUUACAGAUGUUUCAUAGUAAUUCAUACAAAUAAAGCCCCGUUGUACUCUGAA